AUGAUAGCGAAGGGAUACACUGAGGAGCACGAAAUUCUGGCAUUUGACGACGAGACUGGCCUCGGUACUGUGUCCAUUACCGACCACGCCCAGUCCAGUCUCGGCGACGUCGUCUUCGUCGAGCUACCUUCAGUAGGCACCGCCAUCCAGAAAGGAGAUCAAAUCGGGGCCGUUGAAAGUGUCAAGGCCGCCUCGGAUAUUUAUGCACCUGUGUCGGGUGAGGUUGUCGAGGUGAAUGAACGCCUCAACACCGAGCCAAGCCUGCUGAACAAGUCUCCCGAGGACGAAGGUUGGCUGUGCAAGAUCAAGCUCUCGGCACUAGAGGAGCGCGACGCGCUCCUUUCUGCGGAGGACUACAAGAAGAGUUAUGAAUCAUAA